GUCUUCAGAGGGCCUGCACGAGUUGUGGACGGAGACACUCUAGAGAUUGCAGGGGAGCGCGUGAGGCUCCUUGGGAUAGAUGCUCCAGAAAAGGGUCAGAUGUGCCAGGAUGCGCAAGGGAGUGGAUAUGAGUGCGGGGUGGUCGUCAAGGACGCCCUUACCAGGCAAAUAGGCUCCUCGCCAAUCGAGUGUCAAGCCGAGUCGCGCGACAUGUAUGGGCGUAAUGUAUCAAAGUGUGACGCCCCUGGCACUGGCGAUCUGGGGACAUGGCUCGUGUCCAAUGGAUAUGCUGUCGCGUACAGGCAGUAUUCAAAGGAAUAUGUGGCCUUGGAGGAAUCCGCUGAAGCAGCUCACCGAGGGAUAUGGGCAGGCAGCUUCCAAGAACCAGCAGAAUGGAGGAGGGAACACAAGCGAAAAAAUGCUGCUGGACACAACAGGACCUCGGAAGGAUCUUCCUUCACAUCAGGCAACUUCUUUUCAUGCAGAGCAGACACUGACCAGUCAUCAAAAUGCGCAAUCAAGGGCAACAUCUCUUCUUAUGGCAAGAUCUAUCACGUGCCGGGGAGCAAUGCUUAUGAAUCUGUGCGCAUCAAUGUCUCUUCUGGUGAGCGCUGGUUUUGCUCUAGAGAGGAGGCAGAGCAAGCUGGCUGGCGGGCAUCA